UUCGACACCACGACAGAGCAUUUUGACUCGGCCUCGUUGGCCGAGUUCCGACACUCGAGUGCCUUAGAUAAUCGAGUUUAGCGUCGGAAGCGGUCAAAUGGUGUCUCACAUUCCACUAUUACCAGUCUACUGGAACAGUUGACAUCAGGUGGCGGCGGCAUGAUAGAAGACGAGUUCCAAGAAUCGGCCGAUGCCGGUGGUGUCUGUCUUGGAUUUACGUGGUUUUUCGUUUGUUUUUUUUGUUCGUUGUCUUUGGUGUCGUGCGUGCGCCACAGUUGCCGCCCUGCCGGGUUUAGUUUUGCAUUGCUGCUGAGCCAAUGGCCUGACAGAACCCAGCCAAGUGGUUUAUGGUAUCCGUACUCCGUCUUACAGGCACAAACCCCUUCGACAUCAAUCAAUACGUGGGUCUGGGAAUACCCACUUACCCCUCUCCAGGUCUCAAAAGACUUUUCGGUCAGCUGCGAACUCUUCGCGGCUCGGCUCAUUUCGAGGGUCGCUGUUCCCGACACAUGUGGCAACAACAAGGGCCACCGGCCAUGCACACGAAGAUUCAUGAGAAUGGCACCGGGGCUAACCGACUCAUGCCUUGCUUGCCUUGCAACUUCGGCGCCGCGAAAGAGGUCGUCACCUCCCGUGUUUCAGGGCCGCAGACCACGGUUGCGCCGAUUAACCUCUCGAAUUCGCUCCCCAGCCCCUGGCUGCCAGUCUUAGAUUAGCGCUCGCCCAGAAAAAGCCCGGCAUGAAUGGAUCUUGUAAAUCAGGCAUUGUCUGGCGCCCGCUCGUUUAUUCUCGGCCACCCGCCAGAAACAUGCCACUCUACACCUACACCACUCUCCAAGGGGACAGCGCAAGUCUCCAACGAUACUUGGAACGGGUAACGAAGGUACGAGUACAAGGCGGUCCCCUGUAUGGUCGCACACAAGAUUGGCCACACACAGUCAUCAACACCAUCAACACGGUAAAAGUUUCAUACCCGAUACUCUAUACAGUUAAAGGUUUCUAAAUGAAUAGAAACGCCAUAACCAUGGGAUCUUGUAGCCAAACCUCCUAGAGC